AUGUCUGCGUCGAAACAAAAACGUUCAUCGUCUCGUACGACUAAUCUGGCAUCGAGCAGUCGAACUGCAACAACUGAAUAUCCGAUUCUUGUGGAGAGCGGUGGGGAUGGAACUGAAUCCUCUUUCAAUAUUUCGGUUUCACCCAGUCGUCGGACUCGACAGUACGAGAAAGAUACGUUAUCAAAUCUGAAUGACCGACUUGCCGUUUACAUUGAUCGAGUUCGCCAACUUGAACUAGAAAAUGAGCGCUUGAACGUGCGUAUAAAUGAAAGUGAAGUGGUCGAAAAGAAAGAGCGGCAUGAUUUGGUAGCACGUUAUGAAGCGAAAGUCAAGGAGUUGCGUGAUCUAAUCGAUGAUGCUUUGAAAGAGAAAACUCGUGUCAAUAUGGAGGCAAAAUCAGCCCUCGCCGAACGCGAUAAUCUUCGUGCUAGAAUUGGGAAGCUUGAAAAGGAACUUAAACAAUCGGAAAAGCUUCGUCUAAAUAACGACAAUCUUAUACAGGAUCUUCAGGCUAGAUUAAAUUCUGGCGAUAACAUGAGAAGACACCUGGAGGAUGAGAAUAAGAAUUUGUUUGCCGAAAAUGAAGAUUUGAAGCAGCAAUUGGAGAUAUUGCGAAAACAGGUUGAGGAUGAAGCGCUUGCAAAUACCGCACUUCACAACCAGAACCAAUCACUAAAGGAAGACUAUGAAUUUUUGAAAAGAACUCAUGAAGGGCAGCUAGAGGAAAUACAUCGAAAACGGCAAGUGGAGAUGACAACAACGGCACGUGAAAUGGAACGCACGUAUGAGUCACGCUUGCAGGAACAACUUCAAGCAAUGCGCGCUGAAUUUGAUGAAAGACUAAACAAGAACCGACGUGAUAUCGAUGAAACCUAUAAGAACAAGCUUAAUGAAGCAAAUGAAGCUCGUCAACAAAUGAAUCUAGCAAAAGAGGAAGCAGCAAGGUUACGUCUGCGUAUCCAUGAAAUGGAAAAAGUUGGAGGUGGAUAUGAGAGCCGUAUAGAAGGUCUUAACAAGAAGAUUGCUGAUCUGGAGAGUCAAUUGCGUUUCGUGCGAGACGAUUGCGAUGUUCGUAUUAAUCAACGCGACAAGCGUGUUGCGGAGCUUCAAGAAGAAAUUGAUCGUUUGUUGAAUGAAUAUCAAGAUUUGUUUGAUCUUAAGGUGCAGCUUGACACCGAACUAAAAGCAUAUCAGAAUUUGUUGGAAGGAGAAGAAUCUCGAUUAAAUAUUUCGCAGCAGUCUUCUGGAGGUUCUCCGGCAGCCUCACCAUCUGCUGGUAGUCGCUUCAGUUUGUCGUAUACAGAUUCUGGUCAUCGUCGUCCCAUCAAACGAAAACGCUUUAAUGCAUCGGACGACAGUUUGUAUUAUCGCAACACUGCAAAAUCGUACAAGACAACUUCCAACUCAGAUUGCGAUAUCGAGAUAGAGGAGCAUGACACGGAUGGGAAGUUCAUAAAGUUAGUGAAUAAAGGGGAGGAAACAAUCUCAAUUGGUCAGUGGGCGAUCAAAAGCAUUGCUAAUGAUAAAGAAACUGUUUACAAGUUCCAUUCUAGACAAACGAUGAAACCCGGCGAUACCAUCACUGUUUGGAGUGCUGAUAGCGGUGAAAAACAUACGCCACCAUCUCAGUUAGUGAUGAAGAAUCAACAGUGGCCUGCUGGUGAUCGGGUCAAAACAUCUUUGGUUGAUGCUGAUGGCAAUGAAAUGGCUACCAGAGAAAGCACUGCUGAGCUCCAGUAUGGACAGUUUGUUAGUGAUGACGGUCAGGAUCCGGAUCAGCGAUGUGCUGUCAUGUAG